CAUUGUUUUGAUUGAACAUCUGGUCAUCGGGAAAAUAUUUCGAUUUUUCUGUUUCGGAAUUUAUUUAUUCAAUGGGUGAGUGUGUUGGUUCUAAGAAAUUCCAGAAUUUAGUACGUUUGGGAAGGAAAAAAUUCCAAGUAAUUAGGGUUCUAUAUGUACAUUUCAGUCAGGUCUUACGAUCUCGAAAUUAUUACAAAGAAAAUGGAAUAUUGUCAACAGAGGCUGAAAAAUUAUAUAUGUUCUAUAAUCAGGACGUGAAUGAUAGUAAUGUUCCGUCUCGAGCUUUCAAUAAUAUUGAAUCACGUUCUACAGUCAAUAAGCUGAAGACUAAUGGUCAUUCAAAUGAUCUUCAAGCUAUGUCAUUAGCAAAUCUUCACAUCAUUGAGGAUGAAGUUGGCGAUAUGAAUACUAUCAGGCAAGAUGAUGGCGAAAGCUCCAGUACGAUAUCAAACAUCCAAGCGGCCCAGAAUCAGGCAGAGCCAUGUUUUGAACAACCUUCGAAUGACUUCAAUCCCCAUUACAAUCGACAAGGUGAUUCUGUAUCAGUCAUCAAUUCGCUUUAUUUCCUGGAUGGCAUCCGAUCUGUUGAUUUUGUGCUGGUAUGGAAGAAUCCCAGUAGGGAGGAACUUCACCUAGAAGACAUGAAACAGAAAAAACGAAAUAUUUUCGAGCAGAAUCUCCUAAGAGAUGGUUUACAACUUGAAACGGAAACAAUCGAAGGAGAAAUUCACUUCAUCAAGAUUCAUGCUCCUUUAGAAGUACUGAGGAGGUACAGCGAAAUUUUGAAACUUCGAAUGCCAAUGAAAGAGUCCUUAUGCUUGGUGAAGAACUUUGAAACCCAAAGCAAGUUGGCGAGCACUGCACAAUUUAUUAGUCAAAAGAUACCGGGAAUGGCUGGCUUCAAAGUUCGCACGACAUCCGUACUGUCUCGCUUGAAAGGAAUUGGUGGUAAAAUAGCACGACGGAUUCUAGUGGAAGAAAAAUAUUUCCCACCUCGAUCACAACGAUUCACAGCGGUUUACAGUCGAGAUAAGGAAUACCUAUUUGAUCACAAACAGGCACGUUUCUUCACUGCUGCUAUUCGUUCACGUAUAGUACAGUUCAUCCUAGAUCGAAAGCGAUUCACAGAUGAUUCGAGUAGUGGUUACUCUUUUGGAAUAGAGCGGAUGAUAACCGAAGAAAUAUACAUUGCUGCCUAUCCCCUACAUGAUGGUGAGAUCAACGUACCGGGUAGUAUGCGUCAUCUUUUGUACACUAAGUGGGCUGCACUAUUUAAAUGGUACCGCUAUCAGCCGUUGGAUUAUGUUAAGGAUUAUUUUGGAGUGAAAAUUGGAUUAUAUUUUGCCUGGUUGGGAUACUAUACCUAUAUGCUACUCUUAGCAUCUAUCGUGGGGAUAAUCUGUUUCGUGUAUUCUUGGAAAACCUUGAAAUAUAACACUCCGAGUGAAGAAAUUUGUUCCGUAAACAAUGACAUCAAGAUGUGCCCUCUGUGUGAUCAUUGGUGUGAUUAUUGGGAGCUGAGUGAAACUUGCUUGCAUGCUCGAGUAACGUACUUAUUUGAUAAUCCAACAACGGUACUUUUUGCUGUAUUCAUGUCGUUUUGGGCCACAUUAUUUCUCGAGCUAUGGAAGCGUUAUUCCGCCGAAAUAACCCACCGAUGGGAUCUUACUGGAUUCGAUGUCUAUGAAGAACACCCACGCCCCCAGUACCUAGCACGAUUAGCACACGUUCGAACGAAAAGGAUCAACGCUGUGACAAAUACCGAAGAACCUCUUGUACCUUUUUGGCGAAUGAAGCUACCCGCGACGAUACUAAGUUUUUCGGUUAUUUUGCUACUAGUGUGUCUUGCAAUAGUUGCCGUACUUGCCGUCGUUCUUUAUAGGAUGUCAGUGCUAGCUACCCUCAGCGUUUAUGGAGAUGAAGUCACUACGUCCGUCGCCAUUCUUUUCACGACUGCCACCGCUGCCACAAUCAACUUAUGCCUCAUCGUUGUUUUCAACUGGAUGUACACCUACCUCGCGGAAUGGUUAACUGAACAAGAAUUACUCAGGACACAAACCGAAUUCGAUGACUCUCUAACAUUAAAAAUAUAUCUUCUUCAAUUUGUAAAUUAUUACGCUUCUAUAUUCUACAUAGCAUUUUUUAAAGGAAAAUUUGUUGGAUAUCCGGGAAACUACAAUAGAUUUUUCAAUUUUAGACAAGAAGAGUGUGGUUUCGGAGGUUGUUUGAUGGAGCUGUGUAUUCAACUUGGAAUCAUCAUGAUCGGCAAACAGGCUGUGAAUACUGUUCUCGAAAUGGCGCUCCCUGUUUUCUACAGAUGGCUCAACUCGUUUAAAGUACGAAUUGGGAAAGAACGUAAUCAAUCGUUAAAAAGUAAAGGCCAACGUUUUGUGAAAGAUCUGAAAUUAGUUGAGUGGGGUUCGCGAGGAUUGUUCCCAGAAUAUCUUGAAAUGGUUUUACAAUACGGAUUUGUAACAAUUUUUGUUGCUGCCUUCCCUUUAGCUCCAUUCUUUGCCUUACUCAACAAUGUUCUCGAAAUGCGCCUUGAUGCCAAAAAGCUUUUGACUUAUUAUCGCCGACCGGUUUCGCAACGAGUUCGCGAUAUUGGUAUUUGGUAUCGUAUUUUAGAUAGUAUAGGGAAAUUGAGUGUUAUAACUAAUGGGUUUAUAAUAGCAUUCACAUCGGAUUUUAUCCCAAAGAUUAUAUAUCGUAUCGCCGUUUCAUCGGAUGGUUCCUUAAAUGGUUACCUCAACUACACGUUAUCGUAUUUCAACACUACUGAUUUCCAGAAAGGAAGUGAACCCUUCCAAUCACAAUACAAUGUUACGAUCUGUCGCUAUCCGGACUUUCGAGAGCCGCCAUGGUCAAAUAGGCCUUAUGAAAGGACACCCAUGUACUGGCUCAUCAUGGCGGCACGAUUGGCUUUUGUAGUUAUAUUUGAGAAUGUGGUAGCAUGUGUUAUAAUAUUAGUUCGUUGGUGUAUUCCUAAUAUGUCUCAAGAGCUGCGAGAUCAAAUUCGACGAGAGGCGUACAUCACCAACGAAAUUAUUAUUAAGCAAGAAACUUUACGCGCAAGAAUGGAUCGGGAGCGAAAUGCUGCCACAGAUGAACAUAGCAAAGAGCAACUACCAAAGUCUGAAAACGACACCCUUGUGCAAUUGGAGCGAAUCGCCUCCGGUAAUUUCUCCGGAUCACAACUAGACUUAUUUAUACAUAAUGAACGAGAAGCACAAAUAUUAGAUAGACGAAAAAUAUUGUGAGAUAAAUUACAAGAAUAAGAGUUGACUUUCACAAAUUUUAAUUAAUGAAAUUAAUUGAAUUCGGGUAGAACGAAUGUUUUGAGCGUUUAUUAGAUCAAUUUGGCAUAAUAUUCAGUGGCGUCGAGUAAUGCCUUCUGGCUCGGGGCACAAUUGCCGCCUCCCUAUCGACGCCACUGACGACAUUCAAGCAAAAAAGUUAGCAUGUAGAGCUCCGCACCGCUAUUGCUGCGUUUUCCAUUUAGACCGUAUCAAGAGCGAGUGAGUACUCAACGGGGAAUAUAAUAUCAGAGAAAUUUGUUUGAUAAAAAGAAGACAAUCAAAAAUUUGACUAAAAGUGGCUACAUUCUUGUAAUGCAUUCGAAAACAACUCAUAUUUCAUUUUUUUUUGUAAUUAACGGUUCCAGUCACCAACCGCCGCCUAAAAAAAAGUCCAUUGCCAGUUCACAUGGGUCGACUACACGGAAAGUUCAAUGUCGGUUCCCAGAAACCGACACGGGGUUCAUUAUGUUGAAAGUGUUCGAAAUUGUUUUUAGUUACGUCGCAACAGCAUUAUCGGAUUAAUCGAGAUUCACUAAUAUAAGGAAAUGUUGCACUCUUUCCAGAAAAAAUUGAACUAAAACCGUUAGCACCGUGUCAUAGGGCACUAGGAUAUAUAUUACAUAACGCUCAGAACUUCCGUUCUAACUUCAGUUAAUGUUAUACGUCUAUGUUACAUGCUGUGAAAUUAUUAACCAAAAUUUAAUUAACCAAAUCAAUUUUAUAUGUUAUUCUCAUGUGCUUGUUACUUAAACUAGGUUAAUACAUUUUAAAUUUUCUUUAGAGUUCUUCGCUUUCUGUGAUUUUUUACUCUCUAAAUAUAUAUUUUUUGCU